UGUUUAAAGUUGCGAGUUAAACUUUAUAAUUUGGUUUCACCUUCAGCAAUGCGACAAGCAAGUGCUGCAGGAUCUAAAUGUUUAAUCCGAGCUCCAGAAAGGUGCCCUGGACAUUUUUGAUCUUAUUUUUCACCCUUUGAGUUUACAGUGCUGUAAAACUGGCUGUAAAACAAUGCAUCCAAUAACUAUUUGCAGCGUGCAGCAGGAACAGGAAGGCUCUUGGUUACAUCCAGCUCCAGGCGAUCUACAAUAAUUACUGCACGGUAUUUGAUGCGCCACUUUCCUCUUAGUGUUUUCUGUUUUACUUGAGCCUAAAACCAAAUCUGUGACCGAGCCGAGCUGGCUGCUGGCUCUGGGAGGAGCCUGCAGCCGCCUGCUGUUUUAAUUGGCUGCAGUCUUCAGUGAGAAGCGUGAGGAUCAGUAAUUAUUCAGCAAUGUUUAGCACAAGAAAUGUCAGCCAGAAAGGGCUAUCUCCAUCCGCUACCAAAUUACUGCACGACGAUGUCAUGUUCCAAUAACCAAGCUGGAAAUUCGUUUUUUGUGGACUCUCUAAUUAACGUGAGAGCCGACACCGGCUCGUAUUACCAAAGCAACGGCCUGUAUUUGCCACCGGCCUCGGAAUAUUCAUAUGGACUCUCCAGUGGCUCUUGUUUCUCGACCAUCGGUAAGCGCAGCGAGCCGACGAGCCAAAGCGCCAUCCCGUCCUCUGCUCCGUAUGUCCAGGGGAUGGAGACGUGGCUGGAGGCGUCCAGAUCCUGCCGGGUGGAUCAGCAUUUGGCUCAGUGUUCAUUCUCACCCAGCAUAAAGGAGGAGAGCGCGUGUUGCCUUUACGAGUCGGACAAAUGUCCCAAAGCAGCGGCGACAGAUGACGUUUCUUAUACGGCUGCGUCCUGCCCCGUUACCGGCACCACGGUGCCAGUCCCGGGCUACUUCCGCCUGUCUCAGACGUACACGUCCUCCAGGCUGUAUCACGACGUUCAUCCAAAUAUGACUCAAUUUACUCUGCAGCGACCUGCGCGGUCGGACGGCCAGCUCUCACGGUCCUCUGCAGAGCCGGAGCGCAGGGACAACCACGAGGAGGCGCCGCCCGUCUCUGCGCCAUGCGCCCCCGACAGGGAGGAAGACAGCCGCCUCUCCUCGGAAAGGUCAUCUUCCCCAGAACCAGCAGAGACGUGCGGGCCUGACUGCCCAGAAAAACCCGCUAAAGGAGAUGGGAAAACAGAAAGCACGGCCAACUGGCUCACAGCUAAGAGCGGCAGGAAGAAGCGCUGCCCCUACACCAAGCACCAAACUCUGGAGCUGGAGAAGGAGUUCCUCUUCAACAUGUACUUGACGAGGGAGCGCCGUCUGGAGAUCAGCCGCAGCGUGCACCUCACCGACAGGCAAGUCAAAAUCUGGUUCCAAAACAGGAGGAUGAAACUGAAAAAGAUGAGCCGAGAAAACAGGAUCCGAGAGCUCUCCACCAACUUCAGUUUCUCCUGAGACUGAUCAGAAUAAAAGAAAAAACAAAAACCUCCAUCCAUGGUUGAGGAACCCCCCAGACCCCACCCAGCUGUGAGAAUGUCCAUGAAAUAUAUCAGAUCUUGAUGCUAACUUAUUGCUGUUGAAACGCCUGUUUUGUUUUCACGUCUGAGUCUUUUAGUCGUGGGUUUGUAUUUGGUUACGUUUGUAAUCAAUUUCAAAUGUUCAGAUUGUGUCAGAGCCGCCGCCUUGUGUGCAUUUUGUGUAUUGGAAGAGCUUUGCAUGCGGGAGUGACCAUUUAGAAUAUUCGUGACACAGCUGCACAUGGCGGCUGAAGAACCCGAGGAGUUUGGUGAAUAUUUGCACAUUUUGAUGGUCAUAAUAAUAAAAUCAUCCCUGCAGCC